ACUACGCAUUAGCGUGUAACGUACCAGUCGUCGUGAUCACACCGUUGUGUCCGUGUUAUUAUUCGAAGUCGUCUUGUGAUAUUUUACAAUAAAAACAAACGAUGUCGUACAAUUAUGUUGACUCUGUUACAUGGCGCUAGAUGACUUAUCUCCUUCUUUCUAUUGGCGAUUAAAACAAAACUCGUCGUGAUCAGGGUACGUUCGAGUCACGCCGAACCAUCGCGAUGUGAUAAACCGAAAACAAUAACGUUAAUCCAUGUGACAUCUUAUGAUGGUAACCCCUCGGCCGUUUUACAGAUAUGUGUCAAUCGUUGACAUCCGUAUUGGAAAUGAUUUGUCCUGUCCAGGGAAAUCGUCCGAUUUCCUCCGCCGCCGACCGUCUGUCACCACCGAACAAACCGAUUGUCGAUGAAUGGAUAUAGUUUUUUCAGUGUAUAUGACCAUUGCUAGAUUGGAAUAGUACACUUUGUAUACACCGAUAGUUAACUCGUCCGACAGUAAUUGUUAUCGUUUCCAUUCAUCCCGUCGCACCGAUGAUCGCUGUAUGAAACAUUAAUUAUUAAGCUCCAAUAUCGAAAAAAUUAUUGCUAUUCGAUCAAACUGUUGUGUUCGCGUUCGUUUAGGUCGAUUUGCUGUUGUGCUUAUCGUCCGAUUUUUCUUAUUUUUUUGUCGCGUUAAAUUAUAGUUACGUCGGUGUUGUUUUCAAUAUUAUUAUUGUAAUUUCUAUUAAAAAAUAAUUAUUACAAUUAAAUAAACUUUUUAUUCGUAUGCCAUCGUUACAUGCUUACAAUAUAUUAUACAUCAAAUUAAAUACACAUAAGUAAAAUAAUUCGUCAUAUCAUCUCAAAUUGAAAAAAUGAGCUUUUCGACAGAAACAUUCGAUUUCAUCACGUUCGAAACUUUUUCACAUGCUUACCCCAGAUCCAAUGAAAUAUGCUAUGACGUGAUACGUUUUAAAAUGCCAGUACAAGUAGCAGAAAUAAGAAUUGUGCCUUCAUCAAUGAUGAUAGACACAAUGACCGGAAUUAGAGAUGGAAACACAAACCCUACAGAAUUUUCGGUUCAGUUUUAUAUUAACAACAUUAACGAUGAAACAGCCACAACAUUUGAAAACUUGGGAAGAUUUGAUUAUGAUGAGAAAUACAACAUUGAUUACAAAUGCAACAGCAAAAUUUGGUCGGACAGAUUAAUAGUGAGUGGACCAUAUACCUCUAUAUCUAUAGCAAUUUUUGGAUCAAAAAACUCUAAACAUUUGGUAUUCAACAACGAAUCAGGCAAAGAAACAAAUAAAGAUCUACCACUAGACUUUGAUCCCAAUUCUGUUACCAUAGAUUUCUCUAAAAUGAAAUUGAGCUCACAUCGUAAUGUUUAAUUGGUGUAUUUUUAAUCCAAAACUUCAUUAUAACUAUUAAAAUAGUAGAUUAAAAUGAGGAGUAACCCACACAUUAUUUUUAUCUGUAAUGUAAAUAAUUAUCAGCAAAAUUCUAAUGUUAAACUUUCUUGCUUGUUUAAGAUAUUAUUUUAAAUUAGUAUAGCGCUUGUUUCGCAGUUUGAUUUUUUAAAAUUUUGAAUAUAAAAAAAUUGUUAUUUUUGCUUAAUAUGUAAUGUGUGUCUUAUUGAAAUGUUUGUUAUAAAUUUAUAUAUAGCCAAAUUAUAUAAUUUAAAUAUUAUACUAUACUAUUGUAUUUGUGUAUAAGUACAAUUCAUACACACUAUUAAUAUUAUUGUGUUAUUAAAAUGUGAAUUUGACUGAUGGAAAACUCAAAGAUCUCAUUAAACUAAUUAUAUUAUUUAUGAUAUUGUAUAUUUUUCAUGUUCAACUUAAUAUUUUUUAAAUAUUACUUUAAUAACUUAAAUAGUAUGUUAUGGUUGUGUAUUUUCACAAUUUUAAAUUUAAUGGUAAACAAAUAUAUUGUUAAAUUUAUUUUUAAAUAUCUUGUCAUUUGUACUUAAUUUUUUUAUUAUUUUAUCGAUAUUGUUUUAGAUUAUAACAAUCGAUAUUAUUUUACAUAAAUUAAUAAUGUAAUUUAUACUGUUAUGUUAUGAUUUUUUCUUGGUUUUUAUUAAAUAUUGAUUAUUAUAAAGUGGUGUAAAUUAUCAUCUAUACCCUAAAUUCCAUUAUCUAUAAUGACAAAAGUCGUUAUUGUCAUACUGUAUGGUGCAACUAUUUCUGUAUCUUGGGUUGAGAAUGGCCCGUCUAGAAGAGUAAAAAAAAAAAAAAAAAUUACUAUUACUAAAAAAUUUGGGUGAUAAAUAGUAAUAGUUAUGUGGUAAAUCAUCCGAGUUAAGUCUUAAAGACGAACUGUCAUUCUAUUAAAAAAAAAUUAUUUCGUGUUGCUGACAUACUAAGAAUUCAUAUAGUAGUAAUAUUUGAAAAAACAAAAAAAAAAAAUAUAUUUUCCAUUUUAGUAGAUUUUGGGCCUUAUUCGAACCAGAGUAUAGAUUUGAUAAUUAACAAUAUAAUUGAAACAAAUUACAGUUUACAACCAAGGGGAGAAUAUUAUACUUUUAAUCGUAUAAUUUGUCAUACUAACAAUAUUUAAAUUUAAACAAGUUAAACGACGACGACUUUGAUUUAAAUUUUAAAAUGGGUAAAAUGAAUGAAAUUAAAUCAAUAAUAAAAAGCAAACAAAUUCAACAACAUACAUAAUAAUUUAUUAAUUUGUUUUCAUCUAAAAUAAUAAUGCUACCUGGUGAGUACAUAAAACCAAAAAAAUAUAUACAUUUACAACGUGUAUUUUUUAUAUAACAUCAUAUAAUGUAUUUUUUAUACUAGUGAUACACAUGUACAGUGCAAUAUAAAUAAAGUUACCCUUGUGUCAAACCAAUACGAAUAUGCAUAUAAUUCGAAACUGCUAUAUCUGUACAAAUAUUGAGAAUAUAUUCGUGCUGUUUAAUAUAACAAACAUUAAACAUUACAAUAAAUUAAUACCAUAUACAAUUUAUAUAUUAAUAAACAUACCUAUAAAUAUAUACGUGUAAGUUGUAUGUGAAUAAUUAGGAGAAUUUUAGCUUGACAAUAAGUAAUGUACAUUCCCAUUAAGUUAUCAGCUAUAAAUAAUGGCACAGGCACAUGUACUUGCAUGUUUUUUAUAUUUACUUAUGAGACACACAAAACACAUCCGUAUGCGAUAAUUUUAAGGUACUUGUACUAAUCAAC